AUUCGCCGCCGUUCUCAUACCCUCACCACGUCCUUCGACUACCUCUUACUUUUACUUUUUUAUCCUAGCGCAACUUUUCGCCCACCCAGUACAGUUUGGUACGCACAAGACGGCAGGGCGAGUGGUAACAGCGAUGAGCGAUCAGUGACACGAGUGACAUUGUUUCUCCCAUAAUACAUCAAGGUGUUGCGUUUUCCUUCCGUAUUGUAAAGUUCGGUCGUUUUUAUCGCGCAACAAGAAAAGUGUGCAGUGCAGAUAUGUGGCUCAAGAGGGCGCUUCUAAUUUGCUGCGCUGUCGCAGCUGUACUGGGUGAGGAGGACAUCAUCACCAGAGCCAGACCUGGACAGGAGUUCGUACGGAUUCAGUCUUCCAUCGGGGAACCUGCUCCUUUCCAGGCCAGAGCCAUACCGGUUGAAGAAUUCGUCACCUCGCACAAGAUACCCGAGGGCGUCCCCAAGCCAUCGGACGAUGACGAGGACGAAGCCGAGAGGGAGAGUAUGGCCGAGGCUAUUGUGAAGGAGAUUAAGAAUUUGGAAAAAAAGGAAAGUCCUAAGAAAAAGAUCGAGAAGAAAGUAGAGAAUGUGAAGAUCGUUCAACAGAGUUUGGAUCUGCUGAGCGAAGGUUCGUCCAACGAGAAGAUCACUAGAAAGAGACAGGCCAACGUGGAACUUGAAAGUUUUGGUAAUUCUGGUGUAUUGCAAGAAGAUGGCCUUAAGAAGGUCGACGCUCCUCGUACUCCAGCCAAAGGUCAAAAGGACUCCGUUAUACCUGGCGUUCAAGUUAGCGCUGAGAAUCCAACUACCAUGGUUCCGGUUUUAACGACAGCUAGAGAACCACGUGGUUUUGAUUUCGUACCCGUCAACAUCAUCCGCGAGGAUAGUAAGGAUGCGUAUACACCUUACUCCGAACGACACUUCGGCGACCUCAGUGAUGUUAGUCUGGUACCUGCUGGUACUAAUUCUCGUAUUCAGGUCAAGAAAGGACCCAAUGGUAAGGAUUAUGAGUACGAGUAUGUGUACUAUUACUAUGACGAGGAUGACGAAGGUAAAGCAGGUAGUGCCACGAAUUCUCAUGAUGGUCCAGCCAAGACUACUUCGUCUCCCAGGAGAGGAGCGUCGAGUAACAGAAACAAAUAUAGUACGGUUGAAAGGUCAACCACUGCUGAACCUGCUAGCAAUGAAGUAAUUCCUAAUAAAAAUGGAAAUAGAGGGCGACAACUUUCCGAAGGAGAAGAUGUAUCAGAAGAAAGGUUGCCUGCCAAUACCAGAUUUCCACCGAGAUCCCGAUCUAAUCACAAUACGGGAACCACUGAACCUAGUCGCGCUCGUGGUAACCGACCAAGACCCAGUUUGGACCUCGUCGACUCCAGCAGCUUCCGUACCCAUCAGGAAGGUCCUGAAUUCCCCCAAAGUCUACCCAAAGGUCCUGUCAGAUUUCUGGGAGUAACUCCAAACGAGGACAGUGAGGAGAAACCUGUGACCAGGGGACGUGGAAGACCUCACAAAGUUCAAGAACCAGCUCCUGUAGAAGAGACUAUCGAGGAAGUGUCACAGUCUCGCAGAAGACGACCUGUAGCGGAAUCCGUACAACCGGAAAUUGAAGUUGAAUUAAAGAGAGGGCAACCUUCACGAGCACCCGCAGAGGAGGAUGAUGACAAUGAUGACAAUAAUUCUUCCGAGGUUAUUUCAAAGAAAGAUGAAUCUCAAGAGAAGACCGAACAAACUCUAGAAGAUGAGAAAAAGGAAAGUGACUCAAGUGAAGUUACUACCACAGAAAUUCCUACGACAGAAAAUCCUUCUGCUAUGGAUAAAGUCGCCCUGGAUUUAUAUGCCUUCCUUCAACAAGGUCAAAGCAAUCUCGUAGAUUCUUCUGCUGCUGAAGGAGAGUCCGGGGAAAGCACUACUGUUUCUGAUGACGAUACAACUACUGAAAUACCUACUACUACUGAAAUACCAACCACAACUACCACUGAACCUACUACAACUACAACAGUAGCUACCACGACAACCACAACUACAGAGCCGUCAACUACUACCACUCAGGUUCCUGCCGGUAGAGGAAAAUUCAGAAGACCAGGACUUGGAGGUUCCGUCGGUACUAGAAACCGAUUUAAAUCUAACAGUGUCAGUACCACUACUACAGAAGCUACAGAGCCCACACAGAGAACCCGAGGUCGUUUUGGCAGCAACAGUGGUGGAUUCAAAAGACCUAGACCUGGACAGAAACAGCCUGUAGAAGAAGAGAUUCAGAAAGAUAGUUCUAGUUCCGUUAAUGCUGAGAAGCCAUCUAUCGGUCGUGGUAGAUUCCGUGGUUCCAGCUCGAGGAAUUCAGUUACUACCACCUCUGCACCUUCCACUGUCUCAUCGUCCUCGUCAUCCUCUUCCGGAAUAUCGCGACCUUCCUUCAAUAAAUUGAAUAUCAAUCGCAGACGUGGUAGGCCCACCACAGCUGCUCCUACGACCAGUCAAGAAACUCAGGAAGCUGAAACAGGUCAGACUGAUGCUCACGACGCAAGCACCACUACCAAGCCUAGCAUUCGACCUAGACUUCCGGGUGGUGGACUUAGACCAGUCAGACCAGGCUCUAGAGUAAAUCUUAGACUGAGACCAGGACAGACCACGACAACCACGGCUGCCCCGGAGGUAUCAGAACCGUCUGCAGAAGAACCAACUGGUGAAGGUACCGAAGAAGAGACUCAUGAGGCACCAGCAGAGUCCAGCCCAGCUGCACGUCUCACAACUGCAAAUCCUCUGAACAAGCUCCGCUCCAGGAACCGCCUUCAGGUACAGGCAAAGUCAACAACACGUAGUCCCGUAUCACUAGCACCAAGAAGAUCGCCAUUACUACCACGUAGAAAGACAACAGAGGCACCUGUCAUAGAAGUUAGUGAAGAAGAAACCUCAGGUGAAGUAUCUGAAGAGAGCGAGCCCACGGAAACUUUAUUACCGGAAACGAGCACCGCAGCUAGCACGAAGCACGAAGAAACCAGAGGUCUGAGUGGUUUACUGGCGCCGCGACGCAGGAUAGCCCCUAGACGUCCUGGACAAAUUAUAUCCCGGGAAUAGAGUUUCAUAAGCAUAUACGUAUCUUUUUAUCCUUCCUCCUCUGAGUCCUUAACGAAAUACCGUAUCGCGGAUCGAGACGUAGAACCAGAAGCGGUGAACAAAUCGACAAUUUCUUCGUCGAGAUCCGUUCUCCAGGAACAAGGAAUGGAUCACUGAAUUCUUCACAUCUGUAGAUUCACAAUCAGAUGCUCAAAACCUCUUUGUGUGUAUUUUCUACGUUGUACCUCAAUCGUAUCCUAUUUCAGGCUCUUCGUCCCGAUCCAAGGUAUCAUUAUUGUACUUGCAAUGGUGGACUAUCACCGCGAUUUACAUGUAGAAUAAGCCGAUCAUUGCGGAAAUGCACUUCUUAAAUCUUGAAAGUGCCAUUUUAUGUACGUAGCCGAAACGAAUACUCGAAGGACUCAAAAAUAUGUAUGCGAUCGUCAUUUUAGUAGGGGUUGCUUGAUCCGGGACGAUCAUAUCAAUUUUCGUCGUGAGAAUUUUGGCAAAGCCUCAGUAACACGAUUGUACAUCCGUGAUGACGGUUUUUUCUAUAUUGCAUUGAGAAUUCAUGAGUGCGUUUCUUGUGUACGAAUAUGCACUUUAACGGAUAUGCGAAAGAAAUUGCUACUAUGUAAUCGACAGUUUGACUUAUCACUGAGGAAAGACUGUUGCGACUUUGAAAUAUUAAAGAGAAAACUUGGACGAAUUCUUGAAUCGUGUGAUGAUAAUAAUGACGAUGACUAUUAUAUAUUUAAUUCGACUUGACUUGUGUGUGUAUCCUUAUUUAAUUAUUAACUUUUGUAAUUUUAUUCUAAUGCUAUACUUAAACGGUAGCUGUAAUACUACGAUUCAAUUAUAACGUCUUUUUUUAGAAUAAAUUGAAAUCGGCCAUCUUGGCAUCUCACUGUUACACUAUUUUUAUAUGAUACAUAAUGUUCGGAAAAUAUUGUAAAUAUAUAUCAAUUAAACGUGGAGAAAAUUA